CCUCCUCCUCCUCAGCCCUCCCUUCCCACGCCCCAGUGCGCCCGUGGGAUAGUGGCACUAUAAAGUAUAUCCUCUCUCGGAGAAAGAUAAGAAGCCCGAGACAGGAGGGGGAUGAAGAUGGCGGACGCCAAGCAGAAAAGGAAUGAACAGCUAAAGCGAUGGAUGGGCUCGGAAACGGACCAGGAGCCUCCUGUUUUCAAAAAGAAGAAGACGAAGGUGAAGUUCGAUGAUGGCGCCGUGUUUCUGGCCGCCUGCUCAAGCGGCGAUACAGAGGAGGUGCUCCGUAUGCUGGACCGGGGUGCUGACAUCAACUAUGCCAAUGUGGACGGCCUCACAGCGCUCCACCAGGCAUGCAUCGACGACAACGUGGACAUGGUGACUUUCUUGGUGGAGCAUGGAGCCAGCGUCAACCAGCCGGACAACGAGGGCUGGAUCCCCCUCCACGCCGCAGCGUCCUGUGGAUACUUGGAUAUCGCAGAGUACCUCAUCAGCCAGGGUGCCAGUGUUGGAGUUGUGAACAGCGAGGGGGAGACGCCUCUGGACAUCGCAGAGGAGGAGGCCAUGGGGGAGCUUCUGAAAAACGAAAUCAACAGACAAGGGGUGGACAUUGAAGCGGCCCGAAAGGAGGAAGAGCGGAUCAUGCUGAGGGACGCCCGGCAGUGGCUCAACAGCGGUCAGAUCCAGGACGUCCGGCACGCAAAGUCGGGAGGCACGGCGCUUCAUGUAGCAGCUGCCAAAGGUUACGUGGAAGUUUUAAAGCUUUUAAUCCAAGCAGGGUAUGAUGUAAAUAUUAAGGACUACGACGGCUGGACUCCCCUGCAUGCAGCAGCACACUGGGGUAAAGACGAGGCCUGCAGGAUUCUGGUGGAGAAUCUGUGCGACAUGGACGUGGUUAAUAAAAUGGGCCAAACUGCUUUUGAUGUGGCAGAUGAAGAUAUUCUGGGAUACUUGGAAGAACUACAAAAGAAGCAGACUCUUCUGAUGAGCGAGAAGAAAGACGUGAAGAAAUCUCCUUUGAUUGAAACGACCACAACAGGGGACAACAACCAAUCGCUGAAACCACUAAAGAGCAAGGAAACGCUGCUGCUGGAGCCGGAGAAAAGCGCUCCGUGCAUCGAGACCCUGGAGCCGGAGAAAGUGGACGAGGAGGAAGAGGGGAAGAAGGACGAAUCGAGCUGCUCCAGUGAAGAGGAGGAGGAUGAAGAUUCAGAGUCCGAGACAGAGCCAGAGAAGAACAAGCCGUCAGCGGUGGUGAGCAACAGCACGGCGCCCACGUCCGCCAGCAUCACCGUGUCCUCGCCAUCGAGUCCCACCAACCAGGUGACGACUCCCACUUCGCCCGCCAAGAAGUUUGAUUAUAUCCCCCCCCUCAUGCCUGUGGCGGAGCCAGGCUGUCCUGCAUUGUGGCGUCAAGGUUUGCGCAAAACUGGCAUUUCUCUUGUGCCCAAAAAACCCAUGGUCGUCCAGCCUGCUGUUAAAGUCUCAAGUAAAGUGGAGGAGGACAAGAAGGACGAGUCUCCGGCGUCGUGGCGUUUGGGUCUGAGGAAGACGGGCAGCUACGGGGCGCUGGCGGAGAUCACGGCCACCAAAGAGGCUCAGAGGGAGAAGGACACGGCGGGGGUGAUGCGCUCGGCCUCCAGCCCCCGACUCUCCUCGUCCCUGGACAAUAAGGAGAAAGAGAAGGAAAAGGACAAAGGAACCCGUCUGGCAUACGUGGCUCCCACAAUCCCCAGGAGGCUGGCCAGUACUUCAGACAUAGACGAGAAGGAGAACAGGGACUCCACCCCCUUGAUCCGCAGCGGCUCUUACACCCGGCGGCGCUGGGACGACGACCUGAAGAACAGCGAAGGGAGCUCCUCCAUCAACCGAACCUCCAGCUACAAGCGCAGCACGUCCCAUACGCUAGCGCUCGGGCGGAGCGGCAGCACGCGGGACGUGCCGGCCAAGUCUUCGUCCACCUCCAGCUUGGACCCUAACACCUAUAGUACUAAACCCUGGCAGCCACCCACCACCCACUACCAGUCUUACAACGUUUACCGCAGUGGCUCUUUCGACAGAAGACAUGUGGACUUGAGCUCCUCAACCACCUCGUCUUCCUCCACAAGCACCGCCACCACUGCCGCCGCCACCACCACCACCACCUCCUCCUCCUCCUCUUCAUCAGUUACCUCACCCACAGGCCACCGCAGCCUGUUGUUCAGCCUGGGCUCCUCCUCCACUCGAACUGGCUCCAGCAGUCUCACCAGCAGGUACUGGUCAGAGGAGAGUGCAGAGAGGGAAAAGGAGAAGGAGUCUGCUGCAAUCAUCCCCACAAUAAACACUGGCUCCACCACCACAUCCACCACUACCAGCACGGCCACUUCCACCACCACUGGUACCGGCAUCGGCUCUGAAAAGCGCAGGUCCUAUCUGACUCCGGUGCGAGACGAGGAGUCCGAGUCUCAGAGGAAAGCUCGAUCCAGACAAGCGCGCCAGUCCAGGAGGUCCACCCAGGGCGUGACUCUGACGGACCUGCAGGAGGCUGAGAAAACCAUCGGCAGGAGUCGUCCCCCAAAGACCUGGGAGGAGGAGAAAGAAGAGAAAGAGAAGCAGGACAAGGAGAAACAAGAGGAGAAGAAGGAGACUGAAACCAAGGAGGACGAUUACCGGUCCAAAUACCGCAGCUUUGAAGAGCGUUACCGACCUUCAUCCUCGCUGGCCUCCGCCGUUUCCUCGGUAACCACUGCCUCCUCCACCUCCUCCUCGAGCCCGCUGUCCUCCAGUUCCGGCUCCCUCUUCAGGCCCAACAGUCUGUCGGGGAUCACCUCGUCCUACAGCCGUUCCUCCAGGGAGGCAGAGAAAGAAAUGGACAAAAAGGAGGACGAGAAGGACGGCGAGGACAAGUCUCAACCUCGCUCCAUACGGGAUCGCAGGCGGCCCCGUGAGAAACGGCGCUCCACCGGAGUGUCCUUCUGGACUCAAGACGGCGAUGAGAACGACCCGGACCAGCAGUCGGACUUGGAGGAGAGCAGCUUGAAGGGAGAGCUGCAGAGCGACAGACUGUCCAGGAAUGAGAGCACUUCAUCUUUAGAUCGCAACGACACUCUUCUGAGCCGCAGCUAUGGAGAAAGUCGAAGGCCGUACUCCAGCCGACUGGACAGAGACGACAGCACCGACUACAAGAAGCUCUACGAGCAGAUCUUAGCCGAGAACGAGAAGCUGAAAGCUCAGCUACGCGACACAGACCUGGAGCUGAAAGACUUGAAGCUACAACUCGAGAAAGCCACACAGAGGCAGGAGCGCUACGCCGACCGAUCCCAGCUGGAGAUGGAGAAAAGGGAAAGACGAGCUCUAGAAAGGAAGAUUUCUGAGAUGGAGGAGGAGCUUAAGAACCUCCCCCAGAUGCUCCCAGACUUGAAAGCGGACAACCAGAGACUAAAGGACGAGAACGGAGCGCUCAUUCGAGUCAUUAGCAAGCUUUCCAAGUAGAUCCGAACGCCCCACCCACCCAGCCACCCGCUCCUGCUAGCCUGCCCCCCCUCCGGCAUCGACUAAUGGAAUUGCACACUUAGAUAGAAUUGCAGCAGACAUCAGAGAUGACACUUGUCCCCAUCUGUGCUCCUCCGUUGUCCAUCCUGCUGUCUCCAUCAAACCACAGUUUACAGAGCAAAGAAAUAAAUACAAAGUCCUCGGUCAGCAUGUGAGAGCCUGGGGGGGCGGGGAAGCCGAACUAUUUAACCAGUAAGCCUUAGUUGUACAUAGAGGAAAAAAAAAGUCACUUGCAUCCCGUCGGCUAUCACCCGAAGAACAAAUAUUAUCGCGUCCCCCCUCCUGGUUUUAUUUGUGCCACACUUCCUGUUUCCUCUCUCUCUGCUGUGCUGCCCCCCCCCCCUAUUUAUCCCGUUGUUGUUUUUGUUUUUUUCCGCUCCGCCACACUCGCACGCAGCCCCGCCCCCUGGUUCUUUUCCCGCAAACGGGAGUCUGGCUUUAGCGGAAGGAGGCGGUCCUAGUGGAAUUUAAGCUUUCACCGUAUGUGCAAUAUGCAUUUUUUUUUUUUUAAUGCUUUAAAGAGUCCAUCAUGAGUAGGAUUUUUCACAUCCACCGCUGCCAUCGCUCAAUCUCCCUCCCUUUUUUGUUUCUUUUUACAUUUGUAGUCGGUUUAUACUCACUUUGUUUUAGCAGGUACUGAGUGAUGCUGUAUAUACCUGUAUGUAUUUGUUUGAGACCCGCACAUGGCAUGCGUUGAUGGUUCCCGUCUGUUACUAGCAAAAACAAAUUUCAAAGGAACAAAUUAAAAAAAGAAAAGAAAAAAAAAGUGUGUUUUAAAAUAUUUUUCUUUUAUAGCCUGAAGACAUGGGAGGAGGUUGGAUUAUCGGGCCUCUCCUCUGUGUCGAGGUCUUUUUUUUUUCCCCCCGAUUAAGUGUUUAAAAACAAAAAAACACGUUUUGUGGCUUCACCACAUCUCACCAUUCGGUGCUGCCGCUUUUUGUUCCCAAACUUUUAAAAGCUGUAGUGUUCUAGCCAAAGUGUCAUCACCUAAACGGAGAAAUCAAUUCGGGACGGCUAAACUGCACCGUCGCUGGGGGAGCAGCGCCCCCAUUCAUGCAUCUUGACGCAUUUCAGUGGCCUUUUUUAAGGAUGUUUUAGUAAAAGAAGUCUCUGCUGAUGGACCAACAGCCAUCCAUUGUUUUUUUUUUUGUUUUCUUUUCUUUUCUUUAUUUUAUUUUAUUUUUCUCCCCCUCAUCUUGUAAAAUAGGUGUGUGGCUUAAUACAUGCAAGCUGUGCUGUGACUACAACCACUGAAGAGUUCAUUCAAAAAUAAACUUGUACAUUGUAACUUU